CUCGUAUUGAGCGCUGAAAGUGUUGUCACUUUAUAGGCACUAAUCAGUGACUGAUUGCCAAUGAAUGCAAUGUUUAUAUGAAAAGUAUUGUCAAAACAAAUGCAAUUUGAGUCCAAUUUAUUGAUUAUUACCACUCAAUGAUCGUUACUCUCAUUCCUUCUGACCAUCCAAUCAGUCGGUCGUGUCUUCGGUCUCACAAAUGGCCAAAAGUGGGCAAAAGAAACGCUUUAAGAAACAAAGUUUCAAGAAGUUGUUGAAGGAGUCGACGGACGUCGGCCUCCCCUUCAGUGACCUCGUGUUCAAAGCGGAGGACAAGUCAGUGGCCGUCACUUCGCAGUACAGGACACAACUCGAUGUCGGGAGGAUUGUGUGGAAGCGACCCAAAGAGUUGGUCGAUUUGCCGAACCUGUUGUACGCCGAGAAGUUGGGUCCGGCCGCUGAUGUCGAGUUUGUCGGCAACGGACCCAACAAGUGGUUUAUCGCCGCCUCUCUGGCCGUCGCCACCCAUAAGAGCGUCUUAUUUAAGGUGAUUCCUAAGAGUGAGGGACACUUCUUGAGAGGGAUCUUGAAAUUCAAUUUCUGGCAUUUGGGUGAUUGGCUGAAAGUGGUGGUCGACGACCGGUUGCCCACAUUCGACAAUCACCUCAUCUUCAGUUCCAGUCGUAGUCCUCAAGCUUACGCAAAGCUUUACGGCUCUUAUGAAGCAAUGGCUGCCAACGCGUGUCUAACGUAUGCGUUGAUGGAUAUGACCGGCGCUACCGUAGAGACGAUUCCACUUGAAAGCGAUGGCAAAGAACGGGAACAGUUCAGAAUGUUGAGCGAAGAACUUGAUAAAAGUGCUCUCAUUUGUGUCAAAAGCAAAGAAUCCAUUCCUCACAACACCUAUGGUUUAGUCAAUGAUUCCAUUUAUAUCAUAAAGAAUAUCAAAAAGCCUUUGAGCGGAAGUUUUCGUAAAACAUUCUCCAAAGACAGGGACAGAGAAAGCGCUUCCAUUCGUAUUAUGUCUACCAUUGCUUCCAAUCAGAAAAAGAACUUCUCAACGAAUUCACAAACUGAACGUUUGCAGGAUUUUUGGAUUUCAAACGAAGACUUUUGCAAAUAUUUUGAAUCGUUAACAAUAUGUCGAACGUAUACUAAAGACAGAGAGUCUAUGAUUAAGGGAAACUCGAGCUCUCAGUUCUGUUUCGAUGUAUUGGAAAGUACCAUGAAAAUCCGAAAUGUAUUCAAACGAAUUGAAUUGAGUUCCGGCAGGUAUUUACUGUCACCCAUUUGUUCCGAUCCCGAAUUGGACCUCUUUUUAAGAGUCUUUACCAAUAAGUCUACGAAUUUGAAAAUUCUGAAUCAAGAUAUGCCCCGAAAGAAUGUGUUGCCAUUCGUGUCACCAAAAUAUCCUAAAUUUGUGACAAGAAUUACUAUAAUCAGUGCCAAUAUUCUGGAAAAACAGGACACUUUCGGAUCGGCCAAUCCUUACUGUGUCUUCCGAUGCGGUCGACAAGUGGUCAAAUCAAAUGCAAUUCACGACACUCUAAGUCCAGAAUGGGAUCACUUCAGUGCUAUCUUCUAUCACAACAGAUUUAUUUCAAUCAUUGUUGAGUUAUGGCACCACAACCUCCUAAUUGACCAUUUCAUGGGUCGAGUGGAAGUGUUGCCUAAAAUCAACACAAAUGCCGAGAACUCGACAUCGAUUCAAGAACUGGAUCUCUAUAGUCGUAAAAAAGAGACCAAAAUCACCGGUUCUGUCAAACUUCAACCAAACAGACAUCACUCGACAUCACUUCCAACGCUUCCCUCACAACACCUCAACACAAACCACUACUCAAUCAUGUCUUUAGAUUUGGAUGACUUGAACACGUCGUCGAUGGACAAAGACCUGCAGGACUUCCUCGUGAUUGAGCAACAAAAGGCUCAUUUCCAACAACAGUGUCUAUUCGGGAGGAGUAAGUUGGACUCCAGAAGUGAGACCUGUCUUAACAAUUGUGUCGACCGUUUCAUUGACGCCUCACUCGCUAUCACUCAACGGUUCGCUCAACUCAUUCAGAAACAGUCCAUGAAUUGA